UGGAAGUUGCCCUUCCGCUUUCCUGAGGAAUGCUCAUAGACUCCGACUGACGUCUGAGUAUGAACUCUGGCACAGGUGAUAACUCGCGCUUCCGUAUCUCCUCAUUCUGUGGAGCCUCUGACUGGAUUUCCACCCCCCCGGUGCUGCGUUGGUGUCGUCCGACCCGGUCACGUGGGUGAUAAGAUGGCGGCCCCCAGAGCGCUCAGUGAGCGUCGAGGUUGGUGAAGAGGUGGUGGCAGCGGCGGGGGCCGGACGGUCUGGUCCUCCAGUCCCUGAGUCCCCUGCUUUAGCCUAAGCCCAGCAACUUGAGGAAGGCAGCAGCAUCAUGGUGACAGAGCAAGAGGUGGAGGCAGUGGGGCAGACGCUAGUGGACCCUGGGCAGCCCCUGCAGGCCCGCUUCCGGGCCCUGUUCACGCUUCGAGGGCUGGGAGGUCCAGGAGCCAUCACCUGGAUCAGUCAGGCCUUCGGUGAUGACUCGGCACUGCUCAAGCAUGAGCUGGCCUACUGCCUGGGCCAGAUGCAGGACUCUCGGGCUAUCCCCGUGUUAGUGGAUGUGCUCCGUGACACCUGCCAGGAGCCCAUGGUGCGCCAUGAGGCAGGGGAGGCCCUGGGGGCCAUUGGGAACCCGGAAGUUCUGGAGAUCCUGAAGCAGUACUCUACUGACCCUGUCGUUGAGGUGGCUGAGACCUGCCAGCUGGCUGUCCGGCGGCUGGAGUGGUUACAGCAGCACAGUGGGGAGCCUGUGGCUCAGGGGCCCUACCUCUCCGUGGACCCCGCUCCACCCGCCCAGGAGCGUGAUGUGGGCCAGCUUCGGGAGAUGCUGCUGGAUGAGGCCCAGCCACUCUUUGACCGAUACCGAGCCAUGUUUGCCCUGCGUGACAUUGGUGGCGAGGAGGCUGCCCUGGCGCUGGCUGAGGGCUUGCUCUGCGGCAGCGCCCUCUUCCGCCAUGAGAUCGGCUAUGUCCUGGGCCAGCUCCAGCACGAGGCGGCGGUGCCCCACCUGACGGCGGCCCUGGCACGACCGGCUGAGAGCCCCAUGGUGCGACACGAGUGCGCGGAGGCCCUGGGGGCCAUCGCCCAGCCCGCCUGCCUGGCUACCCUGCGGGCCUACGCGGCGGACCCCGAGCGCGUGGUGCGGGAGAGCUGUGAGGUGGCUCUGGACAUGUACGAGUAUGAAACGGGGCCAGCCUUCCAGUACGCGGAUGGGUUGGAGCAGCUGCGCGCACCCCCCUCCUGAAGCUUCACCGGGGUCUCCCCUGUGGACUUCGCAUUUAAAUGACCUCACGUAUAAACCACGUUGGAGUGAA